AUGGAAGAGGUCUUGGUGCCGCCUUUGACGUUGAAAUCCGAGGCGCUGAAGAGCGGUCACAACACGAUCUGCGGAGGGCAAGAGAAGCGGCCCAUCACGGUUUCACCCACUCGUCUUUCUCAUAUUUUUUUUUUAAUUUUUGUCCUUUUUUGUUUAUAGAAUUGUGAUGCAGCUGUCCAUCUUCCUUAUGGUUUGUUUAUAGCGAGCAGUCGAAACGCUCUUCGCUCGGGACUCGUUUCGCAUCCCAAGGCACGACAGCGAGCCGCCAACAUGGAGCACGAAUCUCACGGCAAGAGACACAAGCUGGGGAUGGUGUCCGGUGUUUACAUCCCCGUAUGUCUCAACAUCCUCAGCAUUCUCAUGUUCUUGAGAUUCGGUUUGAUCCUCGGCCAGGUCGGGCUGCUUGGCAUGCUGGCUCUCAUGCUCAUCGCAUACACUGUUGACUUUGUCACGACCCUCUCGCUCUCGGCCAUCGCCUCAAACGGAGAAGUGAAAGGAGGCGGGGCUUAUUACUUGAUUUCAAGGUCCUUGGGUCCUGAGUUCGGAGGUUCCAUCGGCAUCCUGUUCUACCUGGCACAGGUCCUGAACACAGCGCUCAAUGUCGUGGGUUUGAUAGACUGCUUCAAGCUCAAUCUCGGCGAUGCUAUGCCUGAAGGGUAUUGGUGGGAUUACCUCUUCGGCACGCUGGCUCUGAUGGUGUGCACUGGCCUUUGUCUUGCCGGGAGCGCCAUCUUUUCGAAGGCAAGCAACGCUCUGCUAGUUGUCUUGACCGUCUCUACUCUCAGCAUACCGCUCUCGGCACUGCUGCGGCCGCCAUUCAGUGAUCCAGACAAGGGGGUUGAGUUUACGGGAGCUAGCCUGGCGACGCUAAGAUCCAACCUGCUGCCUCACUCGGGCGGCACCGAGUACAGGGGGUUCGAGACCUUCCGAGACCUCUUUGGCAUUUUGUUCCCCGCAACGUCGGGCAUCUUUGCCGGUGCGUCCAUGUCGGGAGACCUGCGGAACCCAAGCAAAGCCAUCCCGGUUGGCACACUUUGGGCCAUGCUCUCAACCCUUAUUGUCUACUUGCUCGUCAUUCUUGCCUUGGCGUCUAGCACAGCCCAUGCUUCGUUUCUCCUCAACGCAAACAUCAUACAGGACACAAACAUAUGGCCUCCGGUCAUCUUCGCCGGAGAAGUCGCCACGACUUUCUUUUCUGCCCUCAUGGGUGUCAUCGGGUCCGCCAAGCUCAUGCAGGCUCUCGCUCGGGACAAACUCUUUCCAGGCCUGUCAGCCCUUGGAAAGGGCACAAAGAAGGCGGAUGAGCCGAUUCUCGCCAUCUUUCUCACCUACGUUGCUGCACAAAUAGCUAUGUUCGCCAAUCUGAAUCAAAUUGCCACGCUGAUAUCGAUGGGAUACCAGAUGACUUUCUUCGUUAUGAACCUUGCUUGUUUCCUGCUCAAGAUUGGAUCCGCUCCCAACUUUCGCCCGGGGUUCAAGUUCUUCAGCUGGCAGACAGCCCUCAUUGGCAGCCUGCUCUCAGCUGCGGCAAUGUUCUUCAUCGACGAGACGUACGCCACGACCGCUGUCUGCCUCUUGGUCUUCCUCUUUCUCCUCAUCCACUACCUGAGUCCGCCAAAGCAUUGGGGCGAUGUGUCCCAAAACCUAAUUUACCACCAAGUGAGGAAGUACCUCUUGCGCCUGAAGCCGGAGCACAUCAAGUUUUGGAGGCCACAAAUUAUCCUCCUUAUCAAUAACCCCAGGAGACAAACCCGGCUUAUACAGUUCUGCAACUCCCUGAAGAAGGGUGCCCUGUACAUUCUGGGACACGUCAUUGUCACCGACGAUUUCGCGGCGGGCGUUGCCGAGGCGAAGUUACAGCAAGCCGCUUGGACCAACUACAUCUCCGAGUACUCGAGGAUCAAGGCGUUUGUCCAGCUGACCAUGUCCCCUACCAUAACAUGGGGAGUGAGGAGCCUUGUACUCUCGGCCGGCCUGGGGGGCAUGCGCCCUAACAUCGCCGUCAUGGGCUUUUACAACAUGGACGAGCUGCGCCGCUCUCGGCCAUCAUCGCAGAUUCCCGAAGCACCCGUUCCGCCUGUCUCGUCUCAACAGGAAGCGUCCAAUACGGAACCGAAAGUCAGGAGGAGACGCAGAGGCGACACCUCCUCCCGCAUCCUAGAAGGGGCAUUGCCUACCGACGCUAUCAGAAACGAAGAAAUGAUGUCGGUAACCAGCUACAUGACGAUUCUUGAAGACCUGGCCCUGCGAUACCGCUUGAACGUCGCUAUCGGCAAGGGCUUUGAGUCUUUGGAAACGCCGCGUCGUGACGGUAGCAACACGAAGAAAUACAUCGAUCUCUGGCCUAUUCAAAUGUCUGCAGCAAUCACGGCGGAAGGGAAGAGCGUACUCACUACAAAUUUUGAUACAUACACAUUGAUCCUUCAGUUGGGAUACAUCCUUCAUACUGUUCCAACGUGGAAGAAAGCCUACAGUUUACGAGUUAUUGUGUUUGUCGAGUACAAGAGCGAAGUCGAAGAAGAACGAGGCCGAGUCAAGGCAUUGCUAGAGAAGCUAAGGAUUGACGCUGAGGUUUUGGUGUUUUACCUAGCCUCCGGGAACCUCACGACUUACGAAACAAUCAUCCACGGACGCUUUACGAAUCCGGAGACAGAGAACCUUGUGAAUACUUGUUUAAAGAGGGAAGCGUGGUGGAAUGACCUUCGGGUCUAUCGUGGCAGUCGCUCGGUGACUGCCAGCGAGAAUACGGAAUUCGCCUCAAUAGCUCAGGUCAUGGGAACGGCAUCCGGCAGGACAAGUCUAUGCACUACGCACAGUGUCCCUUUAGAAUCGCGAGAGAGGCGCCAUAGUCUGGCGCAGCUUUCCGAUUUGCCGAGGAAACCGUCAAUGUCCCAGCUGGUCAAAUGGGGCGUGAACAUGGGCAUCCAUACCCAAAAUUUACCCUUCAGCGUUCUCGACAGUUCAGACUCGGACCUUGAUGACGACAGCGACUCAGACAGCGACUCUUCCGACACUGAUGCGCACUUCACCGAUAUUGAAAGCAUUCCCAGGGCAGGUGAUGCGGACAGGCAGCCGCUUUUGGCCAGACUUCGCCGGCGGAGGAGCUUCGCUGAUGUGCUUGCUCGUGCAAAGAGCAGUAGGAAGGAGCGUAAGCUGAAACGAGCACGAUCGCCAGUUAAAGGAUCCUAUGGCACUAUCUCUGAUCAGCUCACUGGUAGUGACGGGGGAUCGGAAGCAUCAAGACAGCGAAUAGGCGGACCACUGGCUUCGCAGACGCCCCGAGGAAUUCUCAAAUCAGAACGGCCGGCUCUGUCAAGGCAUAGUUCUUCGGCUCCAAGGUUCUCUAGUAACUUGGUUCCCCAGACGACCAUCACAAACGAAGAUGGUGCCGGACCAAGGAUCAUGUUUGCCGAAGUGGAAACUCGCACGGAACGGCCAAGUCUCUCUCGGCAGUCGUCAUAUGGACGGAGUGGGGGCACAGAAAGAAGCUCCGGCGCAACAACUCCUGUCGACAAGAAGGUCUCAUUUGCCGAAACAACGUCAGGGACCAAGUCCCCUGCGAGGUCACGACGUAGCUCGAUUUCACGAGGGUCCGACAGCGGCGGGGAUGCCUCGGUCGACAUUCCCGGGCUUCUAGCUUCCUACCAACAACUGUCGGCGGGCGACGACAACAAGACGGGCUCGAGCUAUUCGACCCAAGACCUGUCGUUAUCCUUCAACGACCUUCCUGGCCGGGCUCAGCAUCUGAUUCUCAACGAGCUCAUGCGUCAGAACAGCAGCGACACGGCCGUGAUGCUGACCACGCUACCCAUUCCACAGGAGAACACGUGCCAGAGCGAGGAGGAGAGCCUGGCGUACUUGUCUGACGUUGAGGUGCUUUGUAAUGGGCUGCCUCCUGUUUUGCUAGUCUUGAGUAACCACAUAACUGUCACUGUAAGUCUUUGAGGCUGGCAGUUAGGGACUGAAAGGUUCGUCUGGCAUCAGAUGCCGCCACCCCCAUCCCCACGUCAAUUCUCGGGUGACAAAUUCGAAGUGCUUGGAAACAAAGAAACAGCCAUGUUGUCAACAAUGAAAUCUAGGUGUGAUCAGGCUGCUUCUUGGUUGAA